GGGAAGGUCACCGGGAGCGACCCCGGGACCGGCGCCGGGACCAUGCUGCGGCCCAGAGCGGCCGCUCUCCUUUCGCUGAUGAGGGCGGCAGGGGGCGGCCGUCGGUACCGGGACCCCUCGCGGGGGGCGCGGGUUCCGUCGCUCUGCUCCGCGCCCCCCCCGCAGCCGGUGAUCGCCGCCAAGGAGCCGUUCCCGGUGGAGCUGCAGGCGGGGAAAACCUACGGCUGGUGCGCCUGCGGGCACAGCAAGCGCCAGCCCUUCUGUGAUGGUUCCCACAAGAAGGAGGCCCCGGGGCUGUCCUCGCUGCGCUUCGCCCCCACCCAAACCGGCCCCGCGCUGCUCUGCGGCUGCAAACGCACCCGGAGCCCCCCGUACUGCGACGGCUCCCACCGGGAGGACGCGGUGCAGGCGGCGCCGCUGCCCCCCCGCUCCUGAGCGGGGCUCGGCAGCACCGGCAGCACUGGGAUCCCCAUCCCGACCUCGUCAUGGCCGCACGGGGGGGAGGAGAGGCUCCAAACCCCAAUGAAAUCCUGAUUCUGGAACGCCGGGAGCCGCCCCGGACCCCAAACCAGCCCCUGGACAGUGGGAUUUGAGGGAGGGGCCUAGAGCUGUGAGAGCCCUGGGGUGGGGCACCUGUGGGGUUUGGAAUGGGGGAACCUGUGGGAUUUGGGAUGCAGAGGCCAAUGGGAUUUGGGCAGGAGGAGCCUGUGGGGUUUGAGAUGAAGGGACCUGCAGGACGUAGGGUUUGGCAGGAGGCUCUGUGGGAUUUGGGCUCUGUGGGAUCUGUGGGAUUUGGAAUGGAGACACCAAUGGGAUUUGGCAGGAAGCUCUGUGGGAUCUUUCAGGAGGCUCUGGGCAGCUGCCCCUGUGGUGUUUGUUCAUUUCCAAAGCCGGUUUGCAAAGGUUGAACCGAAGAGAAGCCCUGGAGAACGGGAUUAUUACCAGGAAUUGGGAUCGUUUCCAGAGAUUGGGAUCAUCAACAGGACAAUAAACGUGACCUGAACACA